CCUCGCGUUCACUGGAACUAAUUCACAAACUCACUGGUGGAUUGGUCGAUUCGCUGGCCAGAUUCCUGAUAGAUGUGGUUGAGAAUAUAUCAUAGAUGUCACUGUAUUCUCCAUGACGUCUUCCGAGCGCUCGUGCCCGAACCUCAUGAGCGUACACCGGUUACUGGAAUUAAUAUCCUAUACCUUUUAUUCCCCUUUCUGCCACUAAUUUACAUGGGAUACCUGGCGAGACGGCCAGACACGUUUACCUUGCGUCUUCUACUCCUUCCGUUGGUAGUCGCAGUUGCCGUCGGGACCUACUUUCGUUUCAUGUGGAUAGAGCCACAUCACAAUAUCUACAACUGGGGCCAAGGCCUACUCGCAGAAGCCAUUAGUGCCAAGGCAAUAGAUUUUGCAUGGAGAAAAGAGGGUAUGCUCAAGAUCAACGAGGUUCAGCCAGGUGUCACGAAAAAAUCCCAUGCUGUCAAAGCAAAUGGUGACGCGCAUACAAAACCAGCCACAUCAGAUCCAGCCACCUCAUCGCUUGCUUGGCUAUAUGAUGCCUUGGAAGUAAUUUUAUCCAACAGGGGUCUUGGUUGGAAAUUUGGUAUGGGGAUCCACGUACCUCGUGAGGAGAGAUCUCUCAAACGGAAUUCAUUCUUGUUUGCGACGUUUAUAUCAUUUGUCGGAAGCUACAUGAUCUUCGACCUCCUCGAGUCGCUAAUCAAGCUAGUACCUGGCGUUGGCACUCCUCAUGGCGGCACCAUAUUCAAGGCGGAACUACCAUUCUUCUAUAGAUAUACUCUUUCUACAGCCAUCCACGUUGCAACUGGCUCUUGCAUUUUGGCUGCCUUCCAACUCUUUUACGAUUUCAUCACGAUCUUUGCAGUUUUGCUUUUAGGAAGCUCCCCUUCAGCAUGGCCUCCCGUGCUAGACCAUCCUUGGCAAUCUGACUCGCUUCAUAUUUUUUGGUCCAAACGUUGGCACCAAAUUCUUCGAGAGAUUUUCUUUGUCUUUGGAGGAUUUUUUGGCAAGUCCAUCGCAGGAAAGUUCGGCUUGCUGUUUGGGACAUUCAUCGGGUCUGGAUUAUACCACGAACUCCCUGCAUAUGCACUCGGGAGAGGUUUUGAUACCAUCGUUCCGCUCUUUUUUGCACUGCAGGCUCCUCUGCUGCUUUGUGAAAAGGUCUGGUACAAAUACACAGGAUACCGCGUCAGUGGAUUGUAUGGGAGGUUGUGGGUUUACUUUUGCAUCAUUGUACUUGGGCAGCCCUUAUCGAACUCUUGGCAUAUGAGAGGUCUUGGUGGUGGGCUCAUGCUUCCUCCUUCAUUAAGCCCUGCUCGCCAAUUUAUUAUACCAUCUAUUCGAUAUUCCCUCAAUGGUACGGGCACGGAUAUCCUAGAAUUUAUAGUUGGGCCCACGUAGUCGAUAUUGCCUUUUGCUACCACAAGGUGUAAUAGUUAUUGGUCGGUCUUGAAAACGUA